CUCAAUACGCCAGAACAUGCACGAAGUCGUUGAAGAGGACCGAGGCAGGCAGACAUAGGCUGUGACUGAAUUUUGCCAUGGAGGACCUGGAAGAUCAGUUUAAAGCUCUGUCUGUUGCCAGACGGCUGCAGCCGAGCGAGCCCACGUAUCUGCUGGGCAUGGCUGUUCAGAGGUGUGGCUCAGGUGACGGUCUGGUGGCUGUGUGUUGCUCAAACCGGUCAGUCCACCUGCACAGCUCCCACACCCUCAGGCUGCAGGGUGAGUACAAGGGCCACCCCGGGGCUGUGUUUGGAGUGCGCUUCGCCCACACCUCCUCAGACCUGCUGUAUUCAGGCUCUGCUGACGGGACCCUCCGCGCCUGGGACGUGCGUUGCCCCGGUUCUCAGCCCUUGCAGGUGUUCCAGAGUUCCCCCUCCUACCCUCUCUGCAGUUUUGACAUCAGCUGCAACGACUUGGUGCUGUGUGCAGGCACCGAGCAGGUGGAGGAGGACAGCUUGCUGAUGUUCUGGGAUGUGCGCAUGGCGAAGGAGAGAGGCAGGGUCCUGGGGGUGUAUUCGGAAUCGCACAGCGAUGACAUCACACAGGUGUGCUUCCACCCCCGGGAUCCUGACCGCCUGGCCUCAGGCUCCACUGAUGGCCUGGUCAACGUGUUCGACCUGAGCCAUGGCUCAGAGGAGGACGCUCUGCAGGCGACCUGUAACUCCUGCUCCUCUGUCAGCACUGUAUGCUGGGCGGGUCAGGAAUACGGGCGGCUGCUGUGCCUGAGCCACGACGAGGGCCUCCACCUGUGGGACUUGGGCCACGUGGACACGGAAGAACCGCUGACUGUGCUGAGUGUCCCUGAUGCCCGCUGUUCCGCCACCCUCCCUGGAGACGCAGCCCUGGAUUACUUCGUCGGAGGGGCCUGGGUGGAGGACACCAAGAGGCUGCUGGUGCUGGGCGGGACCAGCAGGGGGGAACUCCACGUCUUUGACUGCAGGGACCAGGGCCUGGAGCUGCUGAAAUCUCUGGAAGGUGGCCACUCUGCCACUGUGCGCUGCUUCCAGUGGGAUCCAGCAGGGGGCGCCUUGAUCACAGGCGGGGAGGACGCUCAGCUGCUGCAGUGGAAGCCAGGAGCGGAGGAGCAGGCGUCUGGGAAGAGGUGCAGCCUAAAGAGUGCCUCUGCACUGCAGCUGAAAGUUCGGGCCCGUGGGAAGCACAAAAGCAAGACGGAGAAAUGAGACAAACGGGUGGUCGCUCGGAAGGACAUCAAAGAGAGGGGAAACGGCAGUCAGCGUCGCGGAGUGGCUAGUUCUAAGGACAGCCUGCUGUUCUCGGGCUGGUUGAAAACAGCUGUGUAAGCAUCAGGGUACAGGAUCUUGAAAGUUGUCUUGUGAUUAAUGGUAAGCCAAGAGUCAGCAGAAAGGAGCACCUGGAUUGCAUGCAAGUUUGCACAUCAGUAGCUAAUAUCUGAUCACAGAAAGGAGAGGGCAGUCCCACCGUUCUGCAGCAGGAGGG